UCAGAACAUCAAGUGAGACGUGAAGGUGCGCUUUUUCCCCUCUGCGCCUGCCUAGAUGUAUUUCUAUGACUUCCGAUAGAGCAAGGAAGCCAACGUUAUGCAGCAACGUUAGCAAGGGCUAGCAGUAGCCCCAGCGGAAUAAGAUCAUACGGCGGAUCAGAGUAAAUUUUUUCAACAGACUGUUCCCCGAAAGUGCUGCAGAAUUGUCAGCGUUUUCAGUCCUUUCCUCAACCUGCAAAAAUGCCAGCUGCACUGGCAGAUACCAGUCAGAUUAUCUGUGAGGUCUGGGCAAGCAAUGUGGAUGAGGAAAUGAGGAAAAUCCGACAGAUAAUUCAAAGCUACAACUUCAUUGCCAUGGACACAGAAUUCCCCGGCGUGGUGGUUCGACCCAUUGGCGAGUUUCGCAGCACGGUAGACUACCAGUACCAGCUCUUGAGGUGCAACGUGGACCUUCUGAAAAUCAUCCAACUGGGACUGUCAUUUAUGAACGAGGAUGGAGACUAUCCCCCUGGAACGACGACAUGGCAGUUCAAUUUCAAAUUUAAUUUAACAGAGGAUAUGUACUCCCAGGACUCGAUAGACCUACUUCAGAACUCCGGCCUCCAAUUCAAAAAGCACGAGGAAGAGGGGAUCGACACGCUCUACUUUGCUGAGCUCCUGAUGACAUCUGGUUUAGUGCUGUGUGAAAAUGUCAAGUGGCUCUCCUUUCACAGCGGGUAUGAUUUUGGCUACCUAGUGAAGCUGUUAACAGACACUCGGCUACCUGAGGAGGAACAUGAGUUCUUCCAGAUCCUCAAUCUCUUCUUCCCUGCAAUCUAUGACGUGAAAUAUCUGAUGAAGAGCUGCAAGAACUUGAAGGGAGGACUCCAGGAGGUGGCUGACCAGCUGGAACUAAAGAGGAUUGGGAGACAGCACCAGGCCGGCUCUGAUUCCCUGCUCACAGGGAUGGCCUUCUUUAGGAUGAAAGAGCUUUUCUUUGAAGACAACAUUGAUGACGCAAAGUAUUGUGGGCGAUUGUACGGAUUGGGCUCUGGGUCCACUCAAAAUCAGAACGGCAUCUCAAGCUCUUCCCAAGAGGAAACCAACAACAAGCACUGAUCGACUGCGAGGCCAUCAAGUGGAAGACGCACUUGUUUUAACCCAUCCAGUAGAUGUUUAUUUUCUCCCCCCACUCCCAGAAAACAUGAGAUUAAUUUCUGUAUCCUGCUUCACCAGCUGCAAAAAGGACAUUUGGUUACCAUAGACUCUCCUCUUGAACCCAUUUUGUUCUGUCAUAGUUGAUUUUACUGCGUAUUGUCACAUUCAAAUUCCCUAUUGUACCACUAUUGAGCCUUUCUAUCGCCCAGGACCAAUAUUCAGAAACCUAUGUUUAUCAGCAUUGCAGUAACUCUUCUUUUAAAAGCAUGGGACCAGCUCUUGUGUAUUGUACUGCGAAUAAGAAGUUUAGCAUUUGAAAGUGCUCAACAACAAUUCUCUGCACUCCUGCUUUUCAAAACAACAAACUUUAUUUAAACCCAACUGUAGCUCGAGCAUCGGUAGGUAUCGUUCAGAAAACCAGUUUGUUGGAUACAUGCUUGUAGGGAUUGUACAAUUUUAAAGUAACAUUUCACUGAAUCCGUGAUAUGUUUUAGCAUUUUUCCUUUGAGAAAGGAGACUUUUAGAUUGGUGCCAGGCUGGUCUUGAGUAUGAAUGUGUUACAGGGGCACACUGCAGUUCUGUGCAACAUUUUGCUUUUAAUUUGUUCACUGCUCAGUUUAAAACAAUGGUUUGUGGUUGCUAUUGUUUUUACAACAUGCAUUGUUUGAAACAGUUGUAUAUUAAAACAUUUUUCUAUUUUCAA